AUGCCACCCAUUCGUAACCGUGUGGUUACCAGAAGCCGCAAGGAACGCGAGCAGAAUUUUAUUUCACCCGCAAGAGGACGCGGACGAAGGCGCCAACCCCAAAUGCAACAAGCCCCUCAGACCACACCAACGAGGGCCAUCAUUAAUGUGGCCGGUGCCAGUAUUGAAACAGAUACCCACUACCAGACCGGGGUCGAAGCCGGACAGCCCGGUAUCAAUACAGAGCCAAUAGUAACGGAAAGCGGUUCAACCAUGCAUGCAACAGGUGUGGCGGAAGACACUCGGCAGCCAAGUGCACGAGCCCAAAACAGUUCUAGCCUUCUCACUUCCGCUUGUCCACUAGGAAAAACUCCAGUUAAUGUUCACAUACUGUCUAACUAUUUACAUAAUUAUAAGGGAAAAUCGGUAGUUCUAAAUGGUUUUACACAUGGUUUCAAUUUACAGUACAAUGGUCCCAGAUCUUUUAGGGAGGCAAAAAAUCUCAAAAGCAUUUAUGAACAUCCAGAAGUUGCACAAGAAAAGAUACACAAAGAAGUUUCCUUACAAAGGGUUGGGGGUCCCUUCGAUCAUCCCCCUUUUCCCUCUUUACAGAUCUCACCUUUGGGUCUUGUCCCUAAAAAAGAUGGUGACUACCGUCUCAUUCAUCAUUUAUCCCACCCUGAAUUUAACUCCAUAAAUCAUUUUAUCGAUCCAUUGGCCUGUUCAGUCCAUUAUGCUUCAGUUGAUGAUGCUGCAGCCAUGGUUGCCACUUUGGGUCCUGGAACACUUUUAGACAAGUCUGAUAUUAAAUCUGCAUUUCGCCUCCUUCCAGUGGCAUGCUCAGACUUCGAAUUGUUGGGGUUUAAAUUUAACAACAAAUAUUACUACGAUAAAAUGAUGCCAUUUGGUGCAUCGAUAAGUUGUGCAACAUGGGAAAGAUUUGCAACAGCCCUACACUGGAUUAUUCAGAAUGAGUCUCGCAAUCCUCAUAUUCUGCAUUACCUUGAUGAUUUUCUUUUUGCUGGCAGUGAAAAAUCGGAUCAGUGCAAAGCUACACUUGCCUUGUUUAAGCAAAUUUGUCAAGCUAUUGGUGUACCCCUAGCUUUGGAAAAAACCACUGAACCUAACACUAUCAUAACAUUUUUGGGCAUUGAAUUUGAUACUAUUAACAUGAUCAUGCGGCUCCCCAAAGACAAGCUACACAACCUCAAAGAAACCAUUGACCUUUUUCUCCACAAGAAAAAAGCCACUCUUAUAUCUGUUCAGUCACUCAUCGGCUUACUCAACUUCGCAUGUAAAACCAUCGCUCCAGGGCGUGCCUUUUGCAGACGACUAAUUGAUGCAACUGUAGGCAUUAAAAAACAGCAUCACAAGGUCAGAAUCACCCAAGACAUUAAAUCUGACUUGGUAGUAUGGCAACAGUUCUUAAAAUUUUUUAACGGGAUUACUCUUAUAACUUCUGGCAUUUGGACAUCUGAUACCACAUUGCAAUUUUUCACUGACAGCGCAGGGGGGCCAAAUGGGGGAUUUGGUGUAUAUUUUGCAGGUAGUUGGGCACAUUCAAAAUGGCCAGCAGAUUGGGCUAAAUCAGGGGUGGUCAGAGACAUGACAUUUUUAGAACUAUUCCCAGUGUAUGUUGCACUCUCAUUAUGGUGCGAUAGACUCUCCAACAAUAGAAUUCUGUUUCAUAUAGAUAACAUGGCAGUGGUACAGAUACUCAAUAUGUCGACAUCCAAAUCACCAAGAGUUAUGAGGAUUGUCAGAAAGCUAAUCCUCAUUACUCUACAAUAUAACAUUAUAAUUAAAGCUCAGUAUAUACCCUCAAAACACAAUUCAGUAGCUGACAGUAUUUCUCGUUCGCAGUGGGGGCGAUUCAGGAAACUGGUGCCGGGUGCAGAUGUAUGGCCAACUCCAAUUCCCAACCAGAUCUGGCAGAUUUAA